AUGAAUAUGAUAAAAAAUAUAAUCAACCAAUUUAUCAAACUGUUCGGACAAGAGUACCUGGGGGAAUGGGACGCCAUACAAAAUUUGACGAUCAAUUCUGUGACCUCCCCGGAAAUCCUGCUGAAGAACGUCCCAUUCCCAGAAAAACUAUUCGAACUGGCGGAGCUGCCCUUCGAAAUAAUUUACUCCAACAUAAAAAAUCUGCGCAUAAAAUUUCUAUGGUCAUCCAUUUUUUCAAAUAAUAUUAGCCCCAUAAAUAUUUACGCCAAUGACCUGUUCCUGGUUAUAAAGUUUUCCUACCCAAGUGUGUGGGACACGAACAAAAUUAUGAAUCACCAGUACAAGUUGAAAAGGACGAAACUGGAAAAAUGGGACAGCAUUAACAUAUCCAAGGAAAAAAAAGAAGAAAAUUUUUUAAAAGCAUUGCCAGUCAAACUAGUCAACUCGCUAAGAAUUUUAGUGGAGAAUAUCAAAAUCGUAUUUUUCGAUAAUUAUAUUCAUAAAAAUCCUUUUACGUUUGAAUUUUUUAUAAAGAAUUUUAAGAUAGACGAACUGAACAAGUACAACGUUAAGUUGACAGAGGAGGAAAAAAAAAACAUCAAGAAGAACUUGCUAAUUAACAUAUGGAUAAGGAUGAUGGGACUUCAUAUUAUUUACAAGGAGUAUAAGAAGAAGAUAAAGUACAAGAAGCAGGUGAGGAAGAAGAAGGCUGACCUGCUUCACAACAAGGAAUACUUCCUGACGGCCAUCGAAAACCUGUUCAGCGAGAGCGCGAGCUCCGUGCACCGGGGCAAGAGGCACAGCUGGAGGAGGGCGAAAAGAAGGAGCUCCUUAAAUAACCAUGGACUGGCAAAAGAAUUCCGUUCUUUCAGUGACUACGACAUCGAUGAGAGGAUAAAAGAGGGGAACUUAAAAAAAAAAGUGCGCAGGCAAAGGCAUAGCGGACAAUUUGGCAAAAAAAUCUCCCCAAACGAAUCAGCGAGUAAGCAAAAAAAUAAAAAAAAAGGAAAAAGUAAUUACAACUUUGAAAUUCCGAAACACGACUUAGGGUUCAGAAUAACAGCGAAAGAUGGGUUAGACAUGCACGUCAUUUUUAAGAAAUAUGACAUGAAGGCACUGAGCGAAUUGAAAAAUGAUUUGAAGUGUUUCAAAAAUGUGGAGCUCUCCUUUGUUAAGCACAUCCAGGAGAGCGUCGAAGAUGACUUUUGCAAUAAUGUAAAAAUAGAGGAAGAAGAGGAGCACGUGAAGGGGUCCUGCUACUGCUAUAACUAUGGCGGUAGUAGUCUAGCACAGGGGAACAACGAUUCAUUCUUCAUUUCAAACAAUCGAAAGAGGUACGAACCGAAUGACGAUCAUGGUAAAUGCGAAUUGAGAAACUACGAUGAAAUAAUGGAACGCAGCUUCAAGAAUGACUACCCGCCCCUCUUUAGUGACAUUUCUGCGUUUGAAAGUUUAAACGUCUUCUUUACCGCCUCCGCGUUGGACUCCUUUUACAAUUUCAUAAAGUACAUCGAAUUCUGGUUCCUAUACAAAGGGGGGUGCACCAAAAUUUUUAACAUCAUUCCGAGUAUAGAAAAGUGUAUAAAAUAUUCCGAAUUGAGAAAAUUAAAAAAUGAGAAAAAUUACGUGUAUGACGAAGGGACGGAGGAUUUUCUGGAACGGUUUGAAGCUUCAUGCCCGGUUCACUUGCUAACCAAGUUGAGGAUACUCUCCGAUGAGUGUAUAUACAGCAAAGAAUAUUUUAACAACGCUCAUUUGAAGAGAAGGGAGUGGAAGAAGUUGCUCUACAAUUUUAUUAAAAACCAGAAAGGGACAGCCACUUCUAUCGUAAAUGAAAACCUGGAGAAGUUAGACAAAUGGUUUUCACACGACAUGCUAUUCAAUUUGGUUCUUCCGAAAAUUAAUUUCACCUAUAUUCCCAUCAAAUUUAGCCACUUCAGCAAUUCCAGUGUAAAGUAUAAUAAGUGCCUCCUAUCCUACACGCUAGCUUGUUCCUUCCUAUUUAAGCAGGAAAAACUGUCCACCAUAAAGAAGAAGAUGGGCAUCUAUUUUCGCAACGUUGAUGUGCAUUCCCUGUUUGUCCUUUUUAAGAAAAAUAAAAAAUGUGUGAUGAAUAGGAAGAAGUACUGUAUUCACUAUGUGGAGAAAUUGCCCAUGAGAAACUUCUGCCUUUACCAUGAGCCGAAUGGCAACAAUGUAAGCUUUUACCAUUGGGGGCACCCCAAUGUGGAGGACGACUGUGUUGACUCGCUCGAGAGGAUACAUUCCAAGGAGGAAAGAAUUAUAGAGAAGAAUGUCGGGCAUAUGAUAAGUGGUCUAAACAGGCAGGGGGGCACACAGAAGGGGGUACCCCUAGAGGGCGCGGAUUGCUACGCAGCAAGUGGAGCACCGAACCUGGGGAAUAUCUUAAGUGGGGACCUACCAAAUGAGACUACUUUUCUCUCCAACGCGGCAGUCAAGCAGAGUAACAGCGCCAAGCGGAGCAGCCUACCGCAGGGAGAUCGAAAUGGUCAUGAAAAUUACCUCAAAGCGCAAGGCGAAAGUGUGAGUGGGAAUUUCUACAACUCUAGCAAUACGGGGAGCGACCUGGAUGGCAGGGAUUGCAUGAACACCUUUAAGAACUACAACAUGUGCAACCUCUUUGGGAGGGGGUACUUUGGCGAGAGCCACCCCCAAGGGGAGGAAGCAGAAAAAAUCCAAGUCGAAAAUUUUAGAAGUUUUGAAAAUGAAUGCAUCAGGAAUGAGUGUGAUGAAGGGAGAGGCAACAUCAUCAGCGGCAACAACAUGAGCAGCGGCCCUGCCAAUAUGAACAACAAUCGAAACGCCUUCUGGAAGUUCAUUCUAGGCAAGCAGAAAAAAGAAACCCUAGACAGGGUCAACAAGCAGAAUGCCCAACCCAUUGACGACACCAAUUUCGAUCGAAUAAUUAAUAACCAGGCUGUCCUAAUCCCAAACAGUCUAAUCAUCCUCAUUAACGAUUACUCCAACAAUGUGAGAGAAAUAGACAUAACCAUUUGCAAGUACGUAAUUAAUGUUAACAAUUUAUUGCCGCUGCUGAACUUCAUCCCCACGAACAACACCUGCCUUGAGCUCUUCCUCAAAUAUGAUAAUUACAUUGAUAAGGAUGUCAUCGAAUGUAUUUGCCUAUGUAUAAGUAAAAGCGUAAAGAAGAAGAAAAUUCUGCGUCUUCGCAUGGAUGAAUUGAAGUUCUUUUUUUUCCACUCCUCUUAUGUGCAAAAUGAAGUGGUUAAUUUGAGAAGCUUCCUCAAUAAGACCAGGCGAAAGAGAAAUGCUCUGGGGAACUCGGGCUGUCAAGAGAAGUUCAUCGAACAUGACCUUCUUCUCGAUCCGUUUAAAUCUUUAGCGGAUGAGAACCAAGGGGAAACGAAAAUGGAAGGCAGAAAAUUGCAUAAAGGGGAUAUGGCCACGGAGAGAAGUGACUACGUAGAAAAGAACCACAAAAAAGGGGAUAUUACAAAUAGCUGUAACCACCGCUUAGAACGCAAUAACAACGAUAGUACUAGUGGGACGACCUCCAGCACUUGCGAACAAUCGGAGGAGGACCCAGAAGAAGACGAGCUGGAAAGCAAUAGGAGGAGUAACACCCACAGGAGUAGAAGUCUGGACCAUUUUGUGAAAACGCAAGAAAGGGACAUAACCAACAUACAUAACAUCAUUUUUAACAACCUCUUUGUUGCGCAAACGAAUGUCUAUCAUACGAAAGUGAACAACACGUUUUCGUAUCUGCGGAAGAGGAAUUUCCUUUACUCUGUUAGAAGCAGAUAUUAUUCCUUUUUAAGGAGGUACAUACAGUAUAAUAACAAUAGGAAUAAGGUGAAGAAUAGAAAUUUGCUGUCAAUUGGAGUUUUCGGCCACGUGAGAAAUUUGUUCCUCUUCCAGGACAAGACGGAUAAGUUGCUUUAUCUGAGCGCAAGCGGGGUGGAUGUGGACCACAUUUUUCACUCUUGCUUUGUCGAUGUGAGGAGUGGCGACAAUUCGAUGGAUCACAGGGAUGCUGAGAAAGGGGCGUUGGACGGAAUGCAUUUCGAAGGAGACCCGGGCCAGGUAGCCGCCGCCACCUCGCCAGUGGAAAAUUGCGGCUCCGCGGAUAUGGCAAGGAAUGGCCCAGUUGGAAGUAUCACCAGUUGCAGCGUCAUCAGCAGGAGUGACCACUGCGGGGGGAACUCGCCCGGGAUGACCCCAAAUGAAAGGAACAAAACGGCUCUUGUUAGCAUAAAGUCAGUGAAGCUGAAAAAGAAUGACAACGUGGUGUCCCUCACGGUGAAUCUGCUAAACUGCAGCCUGAACGAAAUCUGCGUGUCGCUAAUAGGGAUACACAAGCAGGUACUCCCUUUGGAGCACGUCGAUUUGAUAAAGGGAAGAAUCAGCAAACUGAAGAACAUCAAGCAGUACCUCCUUUCCAGCAAUAAAAACACGAUGCACUUGAAGAAGAUUAACGUGACGAAUGACUUGCUCUACAAUAUGUUAAACAGGUACUUCAAGACAAACCACAUGGUGAGGGAAAAGCACACCAACAGUGGCAGCACUGCGGAGAGUAACGAAAACGAGUUGACGGUUAACAAGAACUACGAGAAGUAUAUAAAAAAAUUGGUCAUCAAAAUUUUGGACCAUGAAAAAAUUCUGUACAAUAAAGAAGACUUUGAAAAAAUAUUUUACAUGAUUUUGAGGAAGAGAGUCACACAGCAGGGUAGGGGGGGUCCCUACCUGGGGGGCAAAAGAGAGGGUCUUCCAAUCAGUAAGACGCCCGGUGGGAGGGGGACGCUCGUUAGCCACAACUCGGACAUGCUGCACUCCUUCAGCAGCAACAACGACAUUGUGCAAAAUUACUACACCUUGCGCGGGGAGAGAUAUGCCAACCUGACUGGCACGUCCAAAUCGUUGGAGCGGGAAUACCACACCUGUAAGGAGGACACCCUGAUGAGCGGCCCCGAAUGUGAGGAGAAGUCGGACGGGAAGUUCGGCGAGAAGUUCGGCGAGAAUUCCGAUGAAAAUUCCGAUGAAAAUUCCGAUGAGAAUUCCCAUUCGUACCACAAUUCGAAUUUCCUCCACCUGGAGGGCCGACGAAAUUCCUACUUCACCGACUUUGAAGGAAGCGACCAAGGUGGGCAUAAAGCGAAGGACCAUUCGGGAGCGGCCAAUCAGGGGGAGAAACCAUUCAUGAAAGAGGCGAAGGGAGAUUGCAAAAACAUCAAUUUGAUGAAGCCAUCCAAAAGGUACAACAACGAACAGUGCAAGUAUAUGAAUCUGAGAGACCUCUUCAAUUUUGAGGAGGUCCUAAUCGAUACAGACAAAAUAAUGGGCGAUGAAAUUUUCAUUCACAGUAGCACAUCCAAUGUGGAAAACUCACAAGUGGAUUACCUGAAUGGGAGGGAUGUGGAGGAGAAGGACACCCCCCAGAAGAAGACUUGCCUUUUCUUCUUCCUCAUAAGCAAAACUAACAUUGCCAUUAGUAACAAAAAUGAAGGCAUAUUCAAAAUUGUGUGCAACCACUUUAUGAGCGAGUUGACUCAUAUGGAUGGCUCUCUAAAUUUAUCUUUGAAAAUGAAUACUCUGUACUUUUUCUACGUCCUCACCGUUUCGAGGAAGCCCAAAGGGGGUAACCUCCCCAAGGAGAGCAGCGAAAAGGCGGCCAACAUAUUUGAUGAGGAUAAAAUUGCAGACAUGCGAAAUAAUACGUGUAAAAAAUAUGUCAUCUUAACCGACUCGAUAAGCAACCUGUUGAGUGUUUCCAAAUCAAGUCUCAAAAAAAAAAAAAACAACAACCUCUUUAGUCAGUAUGAAUGCAUUUUGGAAAGAAAAAAAUUUAAACUGUUCAUCGACCACGACAAGAAGGUGAAGAGCCCCAAGCCCCAGCUGCAUUUGGACGUACACAUAGACAAAGAGAAGAACAAAAAAACUGUGAAAAUAACGCUCACCAAUUUCAACCUUUUCUACAGCUCCACCUUAUUCGUUUUGCUAAACAGCGUCGUGAUAAAUUACUUUUUAACCUACAUCCAAGAGAAGGAAAAAGUGAGCAUUCUGCUCUGCAGGUAUGGGACCACCUUGCGGAGGAGAGGCAGUCAGUCAAACCAUGUGAAGCAUGGCCCUAUUAAGAGAGAAAAAAGGAGCGACGAAAUGGUUGUUAGGUCCCUCGAGAAAUGGGUAAGCAGCCACGAAGUGGUAGACACGCUGCGCACUUCCAGCAACGACAGUUUUGUGGACGAAACGUACGCAGACAAUGACAUCAACUAUGACGUCUUUGAUCAGAAAAGGAGGCACCUCGAUGAGCUAAAUGAGGAUACCAUCAAUUUAACCAACAACACUUUUUAUUACGACGUUUCGGAGAAUGAAAAUGGGCCGCAAAGGAACCUCCAAAGGAGCGCGCUUCAUCAGAAUGAGCAAUGUGAGGGCGACCCCGUUUGUGAUGCCUCAAGGGGGGGGGUACACAAAAAUGGCAACCAUCCAAUGAGGAAAGAAGCGAGGGAAGAAGCGAGCAAGCAUGCGAGCAAACCUGCGAGCAAAGGUCUGUACAACGAUUUGUACUACCGCGAAAAGGGUGCCACUUCGGGGAAGGCGAAAAGAAAAAUGACCGUGGAUGACGCGUGCGGGGGAUUCGCCCCGAGAAGGAGGUUCAACGACACGAGUGGCAACCUUCACGGGCUCGCUCCAGGCGUUGCCCCCCACGAGGAUGCUAUCCCGAGUGGUGUCAACCCCAGUGAUGCUACCCCCCACGAUAGUGUUGCCCCGAGUGGUGUUACCCCCCAAAAGGGGAGAAAGAAAAAUCUCAGUUUUUUAAAAUCAGACACGAAGCGAGACGUCAUCUGUGCAGGCAUCUCCUUUGCGCAGGAAGAUCCCCCAGAGUGUGAGCAGAGCAAAGGGACCCACGAAGGGGGGUUCACAAAUGAAGAUAACAACUUAGCUGCACAGUGUGGAAGUGUGGCAAACGAGCGAGCUUCCAACAGUGCCCAUCCUGACGAGUCAGCGAAUAAUCGUGACACUCCUCCGAGUGUAGCCAAUUCGAAGCACGAACAGUUGGAGGUAGGGGGUGACAGUCGGAAGGAGGAAGUGAGCCAAAAAAAUGUCAAAUUGGACACUAAUAUAAUUAGGAUAAAUACAUUAUCGAAGAACAAACUCGUUAGCCGCAAUUCCAAACGAAGACGCAGCACCAGAGAAGGGCAUGACGUUACCGAAAAUAUCCUGAGGAGGAACAAAAAAGUGUAUCAUGCAGUUGCUCACCACCAGGGGGAAGCGCCGCCCUCUAGGAGGAGCACACACAUUGGGGAAGAAGAAGAAAAGUCUCCAACUAGUGCAGAGAUUAACCUGUUUGUGUGCUCAGAGAAUGUGAAUAUAUGCUAUCUCAUUAACUACCACCGGUUCAAAUAUGUCUACAAGAAGAACCACAAGGUGGACGCCUACAUGAAUGACUACGUCAACUUUAUUGAUAGCUGCUCCAAUUUCUGCAAAGAGGAGAAGAAGGAAGGAGAAAAUUUUGACCACAUUGGAAUUAUGAACAAGGAUCUCUACAAUUUGAAUUUAAAUUUUCUCUUCAAACUGGAGUAUAGAUGCACACAAAAUAGGAAGAAGUCCAUCAGCGCGUUCUUUCCCUUUCUUUAUAUUAUCCUGAUGAAGAACUGCAACUACGUCAUUUCGCACUUAACCAUCGUGGAUGUUAAAUUAAGUGCUCACUUUUUGUGCAAACGCGGGGAGGAAGAAAAAAAAAAAAAAAAAAAAAAAAAUUAUUUGCAGAAAAAAAAUACCCUACAAAUGUACGACCAGGCAAUGUUGAAUUAUUUACCAGAGCAGCGACCCUAUUUCGGCCAGGGGGAGACUUCUGCUGGGGGGAAGUGGAAGGCGGGCGGAAUCGCACACAAAAGUUCGCACAGAAGUUCUCACCGAAGCUCGCACAGCAGCUGCGGCAAUUUGAACCGGAGCUACCACGACAGGCUGAGUGAAAAACAGGACAGUAACUCGAACGAGGAAAACUCCCUCACGGACAGCUGCAUAAUAGCCAAGCACAUGAACAGCAGCCUGUCCAUCAACAAACGGAUGUCCCACAGUAGGAGCCAUGUGAACAACUCUGACUUGGGCUACGACCUAACGGUGAAAGGGGGGGUUAUAAAGAGCGGGAAGGACCCAUCGCCUGAACGAUCCAGCGAGUGCACCAGCAAUGGUAACGGGGAGCAUGGCGGAGAGAGGAAUACCCCUUUGCACCUCAGCGGGGGGAUGAACCAAGCGGAAUCCAUAUCCAGUGAAAGGCGAGUCAGCAAGCAGAAGUCCUACAUGAGGUUUCUGUUUAAUUAUAAGAAAGCUGACCAGACGCAACCACGGGGCAGCGAAAUUAAGCAAUCUGGGGAAGGUGAACCGAUUGCCACUUUUCAAUGCAGUAGUGCCCACAGUGGCAGCAUCACUAACAGCGUGUCGCACAGAAAGAACCUGCUCAAGCACCUAAAUUCGGUUGUCAAUUUUUUGGGAAAAAAUAACAGCAGCUCGAAGCCCAUACUGAAGAAGGAAAACCAUAGCAGGAGUACGCUGAGCCUGUUCAGCUUCAAAUCCCCCGCGUUUCUGCAUAAGAAGGCAGGUCGAUGGAACAGCAACACGUUGGAAGCUGUUCGCACAGAAGAUCGUAACAACAACGCAUCGUACGACUUGGGCAGCGUGAAUGUACAAAGGAGUGAGUGCAUCUCUGAGAGGGAAGGGAAAGACGGGAAGGAUCAGAGGAAGGACGUCCUAAAAUUUGCCCACCACAGCAGUGACAACCUUGUGAGCAUUUCCCAACAAGGCAGUUGCCACCAUGUUGGAGAUGAACAAUUCGGGGGAAAUUCCACAAACGGGAGGAUCAAAAUGGUAGGCGGUCUGUCCAAAUGUAGGACCUCCCUUGAGAGUGACCCCAUAAAUGAACGAGACGAAUUUAAUAAAAGAAGCCAAAGGAGAAAAAAAAAAAAAAAAAAAAAAUCCCAAUUAGAAGGAGACACAAAAAAAACAGCCAUGUGGAAACUCUCCAGGUGCAACCUCUCUGUGUAUAACAUAAACCUGUUCAGCUGCAUCUAUUUGAGACGAUUUAAAAGAGGCAAGCAAAAGUACCUACAACCCCUGGUGUAUAAUUAUAAGCAUUCUAACGGGGCAAACUCAUUUCAAGCGAAUAUGAACGAAAACGAUUUUUACAAUCCCUCCUUUGUACAAAACAGUUUCGAGAUGUACGCCCAUUUUAAGACCACCAAUUAUGACAAGCUAACAAAAAAUAAUUAUGUUCUGGAGAGGGACUUAAAAUUUCUAGAAUACAUUAACCAGGUAUACAAUUUGGAAUGGUUCAACAAGUUUAAUGUUCAUCAUUUGUAUAACAUCCACAGGAUCCAUUCGAGCGUUUCUAGAUUUAUGAGUCUGAAUGGCAAAGGUAGAUCGGACUGCGCCGCUGGUAACAUUGUGUGUUGCUAUGUGCCCAUAUUUUACAAGCGCAUCUCAGCGUCUUACAGAAAUGUCUACAAGUUUUUGCUACUCUCUAGGUACUACGAAAGUGCGCAGUACCUACCCAGGUUGUGCAAAAAGGGAGGAGUAGCGCAUGCCAACGGGGGGGAUGUUCCAAAUGGGGGAAGCAGAAAGGGGGUGAGGAAACAACCCCUAGAUGGGAACACCCUAAACGAAAGAGCUUCAGUGGUGCACCAAAUGGGCAGAGAACAUGUCGAAGUAAAUACAAAUGGUGCGAAGGAGACGCACAAGAGAGACACGAAACGGGGCGCGAAAAAGGCUAAACUGAGCAGCACUGAUAAGCAUGCUAACCGAAAGAAAGGGGAAAAGAAAAAGAAAGCACACAUGGUUCGGGAGGACAAUAAAACCUUCAAGGUGAAGAAGUUCCAGAGUCUCUACUAUGAGGAAGAAUUAGAAAAAAAGAGAAAGAGUAUAGGAACUGCCAAUUUCACCACCCCCUCGAAUGACAUAACCAACGCAGGUGGAGCGGAAGAGGGAAAACCAUUUUACCGUGACGAUGGGAGUGAUUUGUUCGAAAAUGACGAGAAGGUAGCAGCCCCGGUGGAGAAGUGCCCCCUACCUUGCGAUAACAAUUUUAACAGCUUUAAUAACUACUUAAUAUAUAAGAGGGACUUUCGAAAAUACAACUCUUGGAAGGAAAACCACCUGUAUGUCUCUCUGAAGGAGGUAGAAUGCCACGAUCGAGAGAGGCACAACCGGGGUGAACUCCCAAAGAGAAGCGUGAACAAACAUGGGAGCAAAAGUAGGAAGACCAAAAAAUGCUUCAAUUUUUACAUUCACAUGUACGCCUCUAGCAUUAACCUAGACCCAUACUUCAUCUCGACGUAUAACUUUUACCUAGUCAACAAUUUAAACAAAAAUUUAAUUGCAUACGAUAUUAAAGAAACGAAGGAUUAUUUCGUUCAUAAGUAUAAGCAAAUGGAGCAAUACUACAGGCAGACAGUUGGGUGGAGCGAGCAUUUGGAGAAUGGGGGAACCGAAUCCACGGCAAGUUCGUCGGCGGAUGAGGAGAAACCGGGAAGGGUAAAAAAGGUCCGUCUGCAGAAACGGCAUAGGGAGAAGAAUCUCCAGGGGGGCGGCCCCAUCGGACGCGGUAGCAUCUACGAUGAGGAGCUAUCGCGGCAAGAUGCGGAGGGGGGAAAGCCACCCGAGGGGCAAGCAACACGUGAAGGGAAAACCACGCAGGAAGAACAAACCGCACACGAAGAGCUGUUCUCCUUCAGCCCGCCCAAAACGCUAAAACUAUUCCGCCUGAUGAACUCCCUCAACAACCUUACGAACAAAAUUAAAGAAAAGCUAAAAAACAACAAGGUCAUAAUUAACGUGGACGUAAAAAACGUAGACGUUAAUGUGCUUGACUGCUCCUACAUCUACGAGAGCAAAUAUUUGCUAGUAGACCAUGUGCACCCCUUUUACAACAACCAGUAUGUGUACAUGUCGAAGGAGGAGUACGAACGAAUUAGGAGGAAAAAGGGGAACCACUCCAACGACUUUUCAAAUCUUGACUCGAUGGAAAACAAGCAUUUUUCGAGCACAAUUAAUAAGCUCAUCUUCAAUAGGGUUACAACAUAUUGUAAGGAAAACUCGUUCUACAUCGUUUCUAUUAAUGCCAGCAAGGUGAAGAGGAUUUCUAUACAGCUCUACUCCACAGUCAUACUGAACAAUCUUCUAAAGCAAGAGAACGUGAAUGACGUGCUGAGCGUCAUUGUGUACAACUACAGAAUGAAGUUCUCUAGCCUUAAGCUGAAGAAAGUGAGGAACAUUACGAAGGGUGGGAAGCAAGACAUAAGGAAUAUCCUCGACGAAAUGGGUCUGGGCGAAACGGAAGGCACUACGAAGAGAAAGAAGGAAAAAGGUAGAAGAGGAAAAGGGAGGAGGUGGAAGCCCCAAAGGAACAGCCCCCUCAAUGUGUACAAACAGAUGUCAAGGAGCUAUAAGGACAGCCUAAAUACGUACAGCUCCCUCAACAAGGACAGCUUGAUUGAGCGCACCAAGAAUGUUCUCUACGAUGAUGUGGUAAGAAGCAAUGGAAAGCAGCAUAACUUGGGGUGGUUCGCGAGCAACGACUCGGCUGAGGGGGGGGCAUCCUUUAUACCCACUCCCCCAACUGCGUCCUCCUGGUCGUCCUCCGAACCUACAACGGUGCCGUUGUCCGAAGCGUCAUCCGCAUCCUCAUCUGUUGCCACCUCCGUGGCGACUUCUCCGGUGAGCUCUGCCCAGUCCACGUCGAUCAACUCCCUCCUCUCGUACGACUCAAACGUCGAAAAGGCAGUCCCGAAAAUGUGUACCGAAGUGCAAAAAGGGAGGAGACACAGAUCGACAUGUGAACCCUUUCGCCCAUCGGAGAGGAGAAAACUAAAAGAGGCCGCUCUGCAAAUAAGAAGACACAGGAGAGAGAGCAACAGCUUCUCCGACAGUAUUUACACAAAACAUUCCACCUCGCUAAGACAGCAGAUGGAACAGUAUAAUGAUGAGAAUGGAAAGACGGUAAGUUUCCACAACUUUUGGACCGCAAGCAAACACAACUUAGAUGACUAUGCAGAAAAUGAGCGAAGAGUUAAGAAGAAAAAAGUGAAAAAUAGAUUUUAUAACUACAUUAAGAAGAUAUAUAACAAUAUGACGUCCAAGCAGAAGAAGAAAAAACUAUUCCUCAACAACAUCGUAGAGAAUAAUAAGUGGUCCGUCAGUGUAGAAAAUUUAAUUUUCUAUUUACCCCAGUUUAGAAGGGGCUUUAAAUUUUACCUAUAUUUGAACAAGUUUAUAAUAUACGACUAUAACCAGAUAAAGAUAUGCAGCAACAUUUCUCAGUUUAGGUUAUUCCUUGCGAGUAACGCAGAGAGGAGGUACCUCCAGCUGUGCAACAAAAUAAUGCGCACGUUUAGGCACCUGCACCUCAAUAGAGAUUUGCUGAAAGGAAACUUGAGGAGAAAAAUUAUACUACAAAAAAUGAACCACGAAAUAUAUAAUAAUCAGCUCUAUGUGAUAGCAAAUGAGGGGGUAAACAAUAUCGAUUUCGUUUUGGAUGUGAAAAAUACGAGACUUACUUUGCACAACCAGACAACCAUGGACUUAGUGAACUACUUCACCGAGCUCUCCAUCAGCAUCUUUUCUUUCCUCUAUGUGUAUUCUGUGUACCCGGAGGUAUCCUUCUCCUCCGUUUCUCACCUGACUUCCUGCAUGAACGUAGACAAUUUUCAGAAGGGGCUCCUCCUGUAUAACAACCUGCUGAAGAACUACAUCGGGACUUGCAAAAGUGGGAAGCCCCAGAAUGGCGGCCCCGUGAGCAUCUCGCGCAGCAACAGUAACGGGAGCAACGUCAUCAACAAGAAGAACUACAAUGCGCCUUUCGAAAAUGCGUGCGACAUGGUGGACUUGGAGGGACCCCUCUUUGGGCAGUCCCGCAGUUGUGAAGACCCAAACGGAAGUGAUAACAAUAGUGUUAACAGCCUGGACCGCGCGGAAAUAGCAAAGCGAAGUGGAAAGACCAACGUAACGCUAGAGAGACGACAAAAGAGAAGCGAACAAGUAGAGCAUAACAACUUCGCUCACGCGCGCUAUGCCAAAAAACCCACCGACGGAAGCGAACACGCCUCGGACAUUAGCAACAUCAACAUGCUGAUGGAAAAAAUGAUUUCCCACAAAAAUAAAAUAAAUUAUAAGUACCUAAUUAUGAACAAGUUUGAAUACCAAACGAAGGCCCACAACUCGCUGAAAGAAUUGCAAGACAAAAAUUACUACUUCCUAGCGUUUGUAAAUAACAAUUUGCUCUUCUUCUUAUAUUUCUACACCAAGUAUAAAACAGUCCUGAAUUUCGUGUCCACUGAGGAAGUGUUCUGUCUAAGACCCAACUACGUUUACCCUAUCAGACGUAUUAAGCGCAGCGCACUGGUGAAGGCCAACAGAAUUUGCGAAAAUAUAAGAACGAAGAAGAAGUUCAUUCAUGUGGGCAAGAAAUAUACGCAGAGGGAACAACUCAAAGUUUCUACCUCCAAAAUAAUGGAAAAGAAAAAAAAAAAAAAAAAGAGGAAACUCAAAAAGUAUAUCAGGUGUAAUAAGCAGGAGGGGGGACACAAUGCAGAUAGGAAGGUGAACCCUUUGUAUGAACCCAACGUAAGCUCGCCUCUCUGUUGGAAAGAACUUUCCUACCGUCCUGGGGAGAAAGAAACGAAAGGGAAAAGGGAGCCCUUCCCUGUAAAGCACCUCAAGGUGCAAAAGUACAACACUCACGAUAAUACAAACACGGUUUAUAUAAAAAAUGAACGUGAAGAGAUCAUUCCGUGUACCAGCUUAGGCAGCUUGAGAAAUCAAAAGACGAUUGCAAAAUCUGGGUCCAUUAUUUUUGAUAAGAUGUACAAUGACGGAGCGGAGGAGUACAAGAAGAAGGAAGAUGCCAAGGAGGAUGUCCACGAAGUUAAGGGCUUUUCUACCAAAUUAAAAACUACCAUAAGGAAAUUUUUUACCCGAAAGUUAUCCUCCCACGUGUUGGGGAAUAAGAACCACGGGGGUGACAAAAAAAGAGACAGCAUGUCGAACACAUCGAACGAGAUAUUCUCCACGGACUACAACUCAGUGUUGAAUAAGCAAAGGGACAGCUCCGACGUCAGCUCGGCAAGCAACCACUUAACUUCAUUCAACAAUGUGCAAUUUUUUCGAAACAAAUGCAUUUCCUUAAGGAUGAAGGUGAGCCUAUUUGAAACGUGGGUUAUCCAAGAAGAUCUGUUCAAUGUGCACGAUGAGAGGAAGAGAAAUGUACGGGUGAGCUCAUUUAUGAAGAAGCAAAAAAAAAAAAAAAACUUUUUUGUGUCCUCCUCUCUAGACAAUCAUAAACCACCAAAGGGGGAAAAACAAAUGAGAGGCAACAGACGAUCGAGCAAAAAUAUGAUAAGUGAAUCGAACAGCUAUGGGGAUGAUUACCUCUAUGAGCAAGUGGAGGAAGCCCAAAAAUUGAGCAUCAAAUCUGUUAGUUCCACCAACUCUGGCAGUAACGUAAAUAUCCUGAACAUUUUGGAAAAGUCCAAAAAUUAUUUCAACACAUUUAUGAAUAAGAAAAUCAACAAGCAGAUUUUUUACCUUGCCAAAAGGAGGGCCUCCAAAAAUGAUUUCGAAGAUUUUACCGAAAAUGCUAAAGCGGUUAUUAGGAGGAAAAAAAAUAAUGUUAAGGGGAAGGAGCUGCAAAAUAGUAUGGUCAGACUGAACGUGGGGAAUAGCGCCGAUUCCCUCAUCGGGGUUGACUCCUCCUCCCUCAGUGACUACACCUACCGUAAGGACAAAGCGAUGUCGCUCUUUUUAGGCAACUCAAAUAGUAAUAUGAACAUUUAUGCUGAUAGGUAUGUUGGGGAGAAGGACCUCUUUAAAGCCCUGGCAAAUCGGAAGAGGAAAAAAUGGAAUGAGUACCACAAGUGGAAGAAGAAAAAACAAAAAAGGAAAAACAUAAGAGACAACAAUAGGAAUAUAUGCCUCUCCGUCAUUUUCAGUGUAGACACGCAUUACAAGGAACAGAACAAAUUGGACUCCUCAAAGUUUAAGAUAGAACUGAAUAGCUUAAACAUCAUGUUGGGGAAGUGCUUCAAUUUUAGCGACAUUUAUGACCAGCUGAAAUUGUACAGGAGCGGCAACAAUUUCAGGGCAUCUGUCUACGCCUCGGGAAUUCUCGAUGUAAAUCACCUACAUGACGCCUCCAACCGGGAGAGGAAUUACGCGUACGUGAAGAAAUUUCCCAAUCGAAAGGACAAAGUGGACAGCAGCGAAAUGGAGUACGCCUUUUAUGAUAACACCAACUUUUAUAAUAUAUACUACCACGAGAUGAGGGAUGUGAGGAUGGCCAGGCGGAUGAUCAGAAGGGGGAAGCGGAGUGGUGGCAAAAGCGGCAAAAGCGGCAGGCGCAGCGGUCAUCGCGUUCCGCACGGUGAUCUCGCCCAUAGAGGGGGCAUCCUCACUGGAGAAGUCCCCAGCGAUGGAGCAAUCAGUGAGGAAGAGCAGUCGGGCGGAUAUGCAAGCGGUGGAGAGAUUACCGAUGGGGACAUAAGCGAUGAUCUUUCCUACGAGGCAGCAAAUGAGCGAUUCAAAGCGGCAAAGAAAAGCAUAACGUUCAGCUCUACGCGCGAGGGGGAGUUCUCCCAGCACGCGGGGAAAGGGCGCCGCAACUUUGCAGAGGAUAUGUCCAAAUGGGACAGCUCCCAGUUUUACGGCAACCUCGCAGGAAAGCACACCCGGGAGAAGAAGGCACUAUCGAAAGAGAGCAACCUGUUUAUACUGAAGAAUAAGAACAAAAUUAUUUACAAAGACAAAUUUAACAUUUUUUUGAAUCACAACAAUAACAUGUUUAUGCCAAACAUUAAGGACGAAAACGACUGGCUGCUAAGCAUCAACAGUGUGCAUUUAUUUGCAAAUAGGCUAAGCGCGAAAAGAUCCUUCAACGUGAGUUGCCACGAACUGCUCAUCAACUUAACCAUAGACAAUAUAAAGGAGCUGUACAAGCUGCACACCAAUUUUAGCUACAAUAUUUACUACGCAGGGUUUUACAGAAAUUACCUUUCCUUUGUGAGCAACAUUUAUGUGCUUCCAUUUCUGCAUAAGGAUAAAAAUUGUACCGAAAAGUCAAACGAAAAAUUGAAGAUAAAUGGGGUGUACCUGAAUAGCAUGAACAGGUUGAAGGCUCUGGGUAAGAAUACUCUACACAGCAAGUUUAAGGUGGCGAAGCGGGGGAAUUCAGCGGGCAGGAGUUUGCCUGGUGCCAAAUAUGCCAGAAAAUGCUCCGACUUGUGUGAUAAGUACGCAGAUAGCGGUAUUAAGAGCUUAUGUGGAAAGAGGGAAGACCCGUAUGGUGCUCUCCCCACUGGGGCAGCCCCCCAAAGGGAUGACGGGAUGGAAGAAGUGGACGGAUUAGACGAAGUAGAAGAAGUACACAGAAUGGAUGGAGUGGGGGGACCCCCCUCAGAGGCCACCCCGCCAAACGGCAGCAACGCACUUGGCCUACUAUCCAAAAAAAGGGAAGGCGUAUUAAUAAAAGACAAGUCCCACUGCAGAAACAAGUGUAUCUCCUUUAACGACAUGAACGAACUAAUUGGAGAGUCUGACGAAGAGAGGAAGGAGGUAAAAUCGCAAAAAAGGGAAGAGCCUGAAGGAGAUGUGUACAACCUGAUUAGGGAAAAGACGUUACUCGUUCACGACAUGGAGGAAGAUGAAAAUUACAUCAACAAUGAUAUCACGACGAUGUACACUGUACGUAAAUAUUUCCUCAUUAAAAAUUUUAAUAUAUACAAAAAAAUGGUCCAUUAUUACGCAAAAAUGCAGCCUUUUAUCGACUUGGAAGAGAGAAACAACAAGUACGCUGAAAUUAUUCAUACGUUGAAAGAGACUUAUGUGAAGAUAGAACAGUACCGGGAGAAUCUUUACUACCUGUACAGUCAGCUAUUUUCCAUCAUUAGAAAUAUUAACGACGAAAAAAACAUCAUAUGCCAUGGACUUGUAUUCCUAAAUCUGCUUAAUUGUCUCUACUCAUAUAGCAAUAAAUAUGUCACCAAUUUGUUUUACUAUUUGUUCGUUUUUUCAAAAUAUAAUAAAUUUGCAGAUUAUCUGUGUAAUAUACAGAAAUAUUUUGACUACAAAUAUUUUACCUACUUUACCAAUAAAAUUGGACAUGUGGAUGCUUGCCAUGUUGGAGAAAGGAUGAGUAAGGAGCUUGCACAUUCGGUCAGCUACAAUAACAGUGGGGUGUCCCCUCAUGAGAAGGACGUCUCCAUGCUACCCAACAGUGGAGGUAGCCCCAUCAUGAACGAGAAUUUUGCUCUACAGAAGGAGAUAAACGAGAAUAUUAAGAAGGAGGAAAUGCUCAAAGAGAACGAAGUGUCCAAAAAGAAUUUGUCAUGCUUCAUCAUUUCUGCACUUCUCUACCUCUACCAGCCGUACAUGUACAGACAUAAAAAGUGCGCUCCCAUGACAAAUAGGAAGAAAAAUAAUUUGAAGAGAAUGUUCAAACGGAAGCAGCACAUUUCGUCCCUCUCGGAGGAGGAUGGUCUGCUGCUUCGCCGCAACAGCGCCUUUUACGAAGUAGACCAUAGGUACGAAGCGAAGCAUACACAUGUAGGGAACCAAAUCGGCCGCGAAAUGACCGCCGAACUGAACGAUAUGUGCAGGAUGGACAACAUAAUGGAAGAAAACCUGCCGACCAACUUGGACACACUCAGCCCAAAUGAAGGCAAAGAAACGGAAAUAAGGAAAAACAAAUCGUACAUGUUUCACAGGAAAGGAAUAAAAAUAAAGAUAAAAAUUCGCGUAAACAAUGUGUGCCUGAAAAUACACCAGCUGAACAAGGAGAAUAUAUUAACGCUAAAUCUGUACGACUUGAGUUACUACAUGUUUACCUGCCUCUAUCAGUAUCAUUUUUUUUUUCACAAAACGAAUGAACAUGUUGGUUUUUACCUGAACGACAAGGUGGAGAAAAUUAAAUUUGAAGAUAUCUACGCCAUCACGGAGAAGGGCGAAAUGAAGAAAAGGGUGAACAGCAAUUUGUAUAUGGACAGUCUAUGGUACGAACUGUCCGCUGAAGAAUCCGCCAUUCAGGAUGACCUGUACAACUCCCAAUGGGGAAAUAAAAAGGAGAAAAAAAACAAAAAUUGCAUUAAAAUGCACCUAACUUUUAAAGUAGGCUUAAAAACGUAUGACAAUAUGUACAACAUUCAGGACAACAUAAUCAACCCCAUCACAUUUAACUUUCUAAUUAACGAAAAAUUUAAGUAUUUCCCCAUUUUGCACAUCCACUUCUACACCACGAGCGUUAACUUGAACGUCACCACGUCGUUCCUCUAUUUGUACAAGUACCUUUACGCAAAUUUAAAUUUUAAGAAAGACUUCAACGAUGUGAAGAACUCCAACAUUGAGAUUUACAAUGAUCUGCACUCAGAAAUUAUCAUUUUUUACAAAACGAGGACGAAGAAUAACAACUACACGUGGAAGCUGAACAUCAUAGACAAGAACGAAUACCACCAGUUUCCGUGCGAGUGCCUCUACUUUUGCAUUAACAAGAAAAAGGAGAAAAAGAAAAUGAACUCUGAAUUUUACGAAAUGAACAAAAAUUCCGAAGACUUCAUUAUCACCAAUGAACACGACUUGAAUAGCGUUUUCAGGGACAUCUGCAAAAUUGGCUUUAAAAAAAGGAACCUCCACAACUCGGUGGCCAAGCAUGAGAAGCACCUCCUCUAUGACAACACGCAGAGCGUCUAUGACAUCCUCCAUCAGUUCACCUACCGCAUGCCCUUCCUCUACAAGAACCACGAAAACGACAACAAAAUUAUCAACAUAAUAAAGAAGAAGCCCUCCUGGAUUUACAUCGGCGUGCUCUACACGGACGAUUUGUACUCGCGCGCGUACAAGGUUCCCAAUGUCAAGCACAACUUGCUGGUCGAGCCCGAAAUCAUAAGGAACAAGUGGUGCCUCUCCAUAGGCACCUGCAUACAAAUCGAAAACAACUCGGGGCUGCACUUUAGAAUAUACAAGGAAGGCAAAACGAAGUACUUUUCGCGCGUAAACUUCAAGUGGAAGCUGAAGAAAAACAGAAAAUCCAACGGGAACUACUCCGCGUGGGAAGCCUCGGAUGGAGGAGCAAAAAAUGAAAAGCAUACGAGGAAGAUCAAGGGGACCCUAAAAAAUUACCACCACGAUCAGCAGCAUUAUGAGCAGCAUUAUCAGCAGCAUGACCAGCACAGUCACCACCAUCAUAAUGGUAAGCAUUUCACAGCCAAUGUAGAAAAAAACAAGAAAAAGGAGAGAUCGAAAAAUGGAGACUACAUAAACAUACUGCCCUUCAGCAAGAGGGCCAUUCCACUCUUCUGGUUGUACGAUUGCAGUUUGCCAUACAUCAAAAUACUCAGGAAAAAGGAGAAAAAAUACAACAUGAAAAAUUUAAGAAAAAGCAAUAAGGAAGAUGAAAACUUAGACAUCGAAGCUGUCCCAUUUCAUAUCCUUUACAAAUUACUAAAUAAAUAUGCCCUUAAUAAUAAUAACAUUUACCAGAAAAAGCUAGACAUAUCCCCAUGUGAAAUAAUUUUUAAAGGCUUGAUCAUGUUUCACUGCUUCGUAAAAGUUAAGGACGUGCCCACUCAGCAUAUAAAAGACACCUCCUACAAUUACACCGUUGUGAUAGAACCCAUGGUCACCAUAAAGAACAACCUACCAAACCCUAUCACCGUCAUUGUGAGAAUGAAGAAGAAAAAGAGACUGUUCAGCCUUGCUAAGAAGAAGCAGGAAAAUCAGGUGGAGGAAAAAAUGCUGCACAAAACUAACUACGAAAUGAAUGAUGACAUUACGAAAAUUUUGAAGAAGCAAGAAAUGUUCGCCCUGGUGCCUCCUCAUCACUAUUGGUGCUUGCCCAUCUGCACGCAGGCCUUUUACAUGAAGGUGUUUUACCAUGGCCUGCAAAUAGAGAAGAUGAAUUUCAUAUAUGACUACGCGAAUGAGAUUAAGGGCUACUACGAUUUCAAGGACGUCAAGCUGCCCGACUGGAAUGAGGCUUUCUACGGCGGUAAUAUCAACAGCGCGAUGAAGAAGGGCGACCAGGGAAGCAGCGCGGGGGAGGGCAGCGGUGCAAACCGUCAUGCAGAUCGACACGCAGACCGACACGCAGAUCGCCACGCAGACCGCCGCUCAACCCGCCGCUCAAAUGAUGACCGAACCGGCGGCAACAACGAAAGGAACCUGCUCAGCAACCACAACAGCAGCAAUGGAGAGAGCGCGUGCAACAUCAAGGAGGAGCACACGAAAAACGUGAACUACUGGCAGUACAGAAAUAGAGGCGCGUCCAACGUGACGAGGGAUAGCCGACUGCUGUACGACGAAAUGAUGAAGGAAUUUCAAAACGACAGGAAUGGAGAAAACGCCAGUUGUAAUAGCCCCAACCCCCACAGAAAAAAAACGAUCUACGAUAAUUUGUUCAGAAAUAAUGUAAACAAUAUGCAAAGCUUUGAGGAGGGUGAGGAGAAUAACUACCGCGGAAGGAACAAUUUCAUGUACAAUUUUUUGUACGCAACGGAAGGUUUUUUUCCCAUUUAUAUGCCAACCACGGAUACGAUCACGUCGACCAAGGUGCUGAAUCACAAGUUCGGUCUAAUUGGGAACAUCUUCUCCUAUGACGAAUUGAAAUAUAUUUAUUUUGAAAAUAAAAUAAGUCAAAUGAAUAGGAAGGUGUAUGAUAAUUUACACAUUUUUAAAAACAUCACUGUUUCGGCUGAUGUGUCCAGGAGAAAAAUCGAUUUUUAUUUCCCCUUUUUUUUUGAAAACACUACAAAUGUGUGCAUCUACGUAAAUAACAAGUUGUUGCCACCCAAUAGCCGCUUAUACAUGACGGAAGAGGAAGCCAAAAGUGUCAGGAUUAAAUCUUACAAGCAUGAUUAUGCAAACAAUUUAAUCCUCUGCAGUAAUGUGAGCGGCAAAAUUGACUGUACCAGGACUAACAUGAUACGGCCGCUAAUCAAUUUGGUUUAUAGAAAAAUCAACAGGAAACAGAAGGUACGAUUUUGGGAAAAAUAUGAAGACAGGAAAAAGAAAAACAGCGGUAUAAUGAACGCGCCUGGCUUGGAAGACGAAGAAGAGCACACUCCUGGGGAUGACGCGGAUAGGGUGAAACCAGCGAGCAGCUUCAAACUGAAGGUAUUGAGAGAUGUCGACGACGGAGUGAAGGACAAAGACGAUAAUUUAAUUAAUGAUUAUGAUGGCGAGGUGGACAAGCAAGACGCGAAGGAGAGGAAAAGCAAGAACAACAUGAAUGGCGCGAAAGAGGCGAACUAUCCGAACGACGCCCACGCACUGGAUUCCGCAAAAUCUCUCACAAAUGAAACAAACAGGGAAGAGAAGCAAAACGAACUGGGCGAACACCCCCCAGGGAAACCCUCAGAAAAGACAAACCAAAUGCCCCGCUCGAAAAACCUAAGUGACACGUAUUACCUACACCACAACAAAAAUGACUUAUAUUAUUGUAACUCCAAAUUUUCUGAAAUGUCAGCAGACCCGAAUGAAGAGGCAAAGAGCAAAACGAAUGAAACGUCGCCAACACACAAGUCGUAUAAAAGUGCAUUCAAAAAUCUGCUCAUGAGCAAUAAAACCCUGUUUAAGAGGAGAAGAAAAAUGAGUGAGAAAUCUUCGGGCUCGAAUGGCAAUUUUAAAAAGAUUAGAAAAUUUAGAUUAUUUCAUAAGCAUGUAAAAAGAGACAAAAUAAAUGCAGAGCGAGAAGAUGAAGAAUAUUUUGAACACAUGGAUGAGAGGGUGGAACCCUAUGACCACGACGGGAAUGAGGACUCCGCCGAUAGCAGUUACUACGAUGGACAUGAUAAUGAUAGCAAGUUGAAAAAGAAAAGUAAGAAGAGGAGAAAAUUGAGGAGGACGAAAUUUGGCUACUCCAGGAGGGGAAAGGGACACAAGAAGCUUUUCAGCAGAAAUUUGUACUCAUUGGACAAGUUUGGACAUAAAUAUUUUAGCAAAGAUAAGAAGAGGAAGAAUGAUGAUGCGUCACCCCAGGGGGGAAGAGGCUUGCACGAUUCCUUCUCUUCAGAAAAUGAAAAACCAACAGGAGCUUUCCCCGCCUCGCAGGUAAGUUUUAGCAUUUUCCACCUGUUUAAGGAGAAGGAAGAAACGGGGAAGUGCUCCGAAUUUGACGAAGACAUUUCCGACGAUAACGCGAAUGAGCAGAUCGAAAUGGAAAAGGAGGAAGACGAGGAAGCGGAGGAAGCGGAGGAAGCGGAAGAGGCGGAAGAGGCGGAAGAAGUGGAAGAAGCGGAGGAGGACGACGAGGUGGGCGAAGACGAAGAGGAUGAUGCGUUCCAUGCGAGCAGCAGAAGGAAGACCAAGCACGACAUUUUGAAGUUCCGCCUGAUGAAGAAGAGAAAAAAGAGAGGAAAAAAAGGCGCACACGAAAAUGAGCGCGAAAGUGAGCGAGAAAAUGAAAGCGAAAAGAACAGUUCAAAGCUUAGGAAAGGGAAAAAAAGAACGUACAAGAAAAAGCGGUUCAAAAUGACCCCUUUCUUCAGCUCCAUCGAGAGGAGGCACAAGGGGAAGGUGUCCACUGCAUCGGUCAGCCAAGCAAAGAGUGCAAAGUCAUCCUCGGCAAAGUACAAUUUGGAUGGCAGUUCCUCAGAGAGUGGUAAUUCCAACAAAAUAACAGAUAAGGGGAAGGCUUUUGAGGGAGGACAGAAUGGAGGCGCCUCCCGCACGAGGGUGGCCUUCCGGGAGAGGAACCUGCACCCCAGAUGGAACAGAAACGAUGUUCAGGUAGGAGCUGUGGAUGAAGCUGUGGACGAAGCUGGUGACGAAGCUGGCGACGAAGCUGGCGACGAGGCCGCUAACGAAGUGAACCACGAACCGGACGUGAAAAGAAGAAUAUCGCUGAGGGACCUCUCCAGAAAUAAGAGAGAAAACAGAAAGUCGAAAAUGAAGAAAAAGGACUUUUACGAAGGAGGGUUCCUAUCCUUAGGCAUCUGCGUGAGAUAUGCCGAGGAGCCAUUUAACAAAUCCAAAAUUGUUACCUUUGUGAAUAGCUACAUAUUCAUAAAUAGGCUUCCAUUCGACGUGAAAAUUGCUACCGACUCGGUUAGAAAAUCAGACAGCAUUUUCACCUCCCACAACGUAGCACUCCACUCAGAUUUUAACAACGCGUAUAAGGAAAUGCUCCCUUUAGAUGCCCUCACCGUCAGCAAAAGUGUGAAUAACUUUAAAUCGUUGAGACAUCCCCUGGUGGAAAAAGACGUGUGCGCAAUUAACGUGGGGGAUGCGCCCAGGGGGAGGGAACUUUUCAAACUUGACGUAAGCAGGGAGCAAGUGGUAGACAUGGAAGCCUUCCGAAUUGGGGACACCAAAAUGGAGGGAAGUACACCAAAUGGGGUAAACGCGGCAAAUGGGGUAAGCGCGGCAAAUGGGGCGAACGCGGCAAAUGGGGUAGAUGCGGCAAACGCGACAAUGGGGGGUGCUAGAAAAACGUCCAACAUAAACAAUAGCAGCUUUAACGACCAUGGAGGGCACAUCGAAGGCAGCAGCAACUUGAUUGUGAAUAGAAGCUCUGCAAAUUACGACCAUAGCGAAGCACUCACUGGGGAGGCCAACCUGACGGAGCAACCACAUGGUGCGAACAGCAAAAACGCAAAUGAUGUAGAGGUGGCAAAGAAAAAUGAGACGUACAUAAGAAGCGGAGAAAUCACAGCUUUCCACUACCACAGGAGUUACAUAAAGAUAAAGGACAGCAGCGAGGGGUACAGCUCGCAGCCCUUUUCCCUAAUCCCGAAGAACGUCCCAUCCAACUUCCAGAUAGAAUUAUUCAACAUGAAUAAAUCGCAGAUAAAUAAUACGAACAAUUUGCUGGUAGAAGUAAACGUAUGUAGUGGCAUUUUUGGAGACAAGCAACAAUUGCCCUACACGUACAAUGGCUACUUUUACAUUCUCAGUUUGCCAGUUAGACCCAAAUUUGAAAUUAUUAACGCCACGAAGUUUAUCAUAGCGUAUGCGACGGAUGUGAAUAAGUACACAAAAAAAUACAUGAACAAUAACUACGACACCUAUUUGGGGAGAAGCACGAAGAAUGGGGACUUUCCGGUGAAGAUGAUUUAUCCGUAUAGCUCCAUUUACUACACCCUGAGGAACAACAACGAAAUUGAGUCCUCCAAAAUUGCCCUGAAAAUUGUGGGCGUCCAGAAAAGCUCGUGGUGCAUCAAUUCGAUCAACUCCUUCAUUGACAAUGUGGUCAUGCUGCCUUACCGAGUGUACGGGGAGAAUAAACUUUCGUCGGAGAAGAAGUUCAAGGGUAGGCGAAACAGCCACAAAAAUGAAAAAGACGCAUACUUCCUAUCAAGUAGAAGGAACACACAAAAAACGCACCUGCAAAGUGAAGGGGGGAAUGUCCAUUUGGGGGAAUUCCAUUCGAACGAUAGCUGCUCAGAGGUGGACAAUGACAACCGCAUUCUCAACGGGGAUGGAGAAAAGGAAGAGGAUGGAAAGAGAAGGCAGAAAGGCGAAAAGGAUAACAUCUUCCUAGGACAUAACUUGGUGAACAAAAAGUUAUACUCCUUUCUGAUCAUAAGAGAUAAUGGAAGCAGAGCAAUCGUCAUCACAGAAAAGUAUAACCUAGCAAGGGAAAUUGUGAGCACCAAAAAUUUCAGUAAAAUCCAUAGGCUAAUCGCCAUAAGUAGUAGGAAAAAGAUUUUACUGUCAAAUAAAAACGUGAACAGAAAAUACAUGCUGGAUUAUAAAAAAAUAAAUUUUGUGUACUUCAACUUCCCAAUCGUUCCAGUGAUAUACAAAAUUAACAUCCCCAGAUUGACCGUCACGUGGAUUCACAGACAAGACGUGAUAAUUGCCAUUCAUUUGACCAAUUUGAAGUAUAGUGGGCAUAUAUACCCCAAGGAAAUCAUAAACUACGACGUAAAUCACAUGUUCACGCCGAUUAACAUUUUAAAAAGGAAGGAAGUGGAAGAAUACGUUCAGUACGUUUUUCUCAACAGUUAUGUGGACUCCAUUUUCCUCAUCGAGCAGAUUCAUAUAGACCACUUCGUAAAGGGGGACAUCCCCGUCAUCCUGAAAAACACCAACAUUGAGGAAAAUGAAGACAUAUUUUUAUACAUUCACGUGAAGCAGUACUGUGUGGACUCGUUUAAGCAGGCGCCCAUAUAUCAAAGCAUAAUGAUUAAGAUCUCCCCCAUCAACGCGAAUAUCGAAUUGUUGGUCAUUGAGCAGUUGAUAGAAAUUAUAGAGAAGGAAAAGCAGCUCUUGUUGCUGUACGAACGGGAAGACAAAUCACUACCACCGCUGAUUGCCACAUCGGAAACGGCGAGAGGGGCCAUUAAUACGACGUUGAAAAUAUUUUCCGACGCGAACUUUCUCAAAAUGGUGUACUUGGAUGAUUAUAUGAGGAGAAAAACGGAGAAGGACUUCAUCCUGAAGAACAACCAAAUUGUGAAUAAUAAUAUCAUCUUGAAUUCCACAAAUAGGAACGAAAAUAAAUACAGGACUAUACGUAACUAUGAGAGGAAACACGUGAAGGAGAGCGAAGCUGAAAUUAAGCGAAAUGCCUACUCCUACUAUUUUAGCUCCCCCAAAGCUAGGAUGAUCACACAAAAUAGAAUUAUUAACAUUAAUAAUAUUACUGAGAAGAUGUGCUCUGAAGAUUCUACCAACAGCUCCAUUUCGACCAAUUUGAGUAGCAGAAAUAAAGGCGCAAGCAAUGUACAUAAGAAAAUAUGCAAGAUGUUGGUGGGAUAUUAUAAGUACAAGAAGGUCCACAAUUUGAUCAAUAACACCUACUACGAUAUUAACAACAUGAAUGAUGAGCGUCUGUUACCAAUAAAAAUUCAGUACUUUAAAAAUCAGAAGAUUUUUAUGAAUGCAUUUUCUUCUCACCUAUUUUUACACCCAAAUCCGAGGUGGAUGGAUAAUAAGAGCAAGCCCGUAUACAUUAGAGAAUUCAAAAUUAACCCUAUUGAAAUUAUUGCCUCCAUAAGGACCUCUGAACACAGGAUUUCGAGGAGAAUACUACACAUUGUGGAUGCCCUACCUGUUGAUACCCCCUCCAUGAGAAUACACCUCAUUUCGCAAAAGAGGAAUUAUAUCGUCUGUACAUGGGAUGGCCUAUUCCAGUCUUUAAGAGUUUCUUACUUCAGACAACUCUUGAGGCAGUCCCUACCCAGCGCUUGGCUAUCCAACCCCUUUGCCUUUAUCAAAGGGUUCAUAAAAGGAAUCAUUGCCCUCUUUAAAGAAACGGUCAGGGGAGUUAAAACCAGCUCGAACUGCUUCGACGGAUUCAUGUCCGGUUUUAAGUGUGGAAUUAUCAUCCUUGUUGUGAACACCGUUGGGGGGUUAUUCCAAUCCCUCAGUCAUAUGCUAAACGUUUGCCAUAAAUUAAUGGGGGGCUCAAGGCCUCGACCACCAAGUAUCUUAGAUUCUAUAAUUCUCGGAUUUGAUGGACUGCUUCUGGAUACGUUUUACAGACCCUGGGUUUCGCUGUUCAAUGAGCCGAAGAUUUCUCUCAACAAAGGGAACAGCACUUUGAAAACGGUGUGCAUCAUAAUCGGGUGUAUUCUCAGGUGCGUGUUUGCUCCCAUUUUUGGCCUGCUGAACCUUUUUGCCUCCAUCACGGAGGGGUUUGCCAACACGCUCAUCGGCGACUUUGAGCGAUUCUCCCGGGUCCAGGAGCGCGCGGAGUUUGAAACGGAGAAGGUGCACAACGCGGUCGCCGCUAUGAGGCGGGGCAAGAGCUUCGUGAAGAGGGCGCCCAGGCACGACAGGGGCGCGUAG